AUGACCGCGGAUGUAUAUCCUCUCGCGCGCUCGAACCUCCGCCUCAGCACCGCUCCCUCCCAUUCUCAAAUAUGCAAGCGCCACGCUCUCAAGCGGAAGCGGAUCGACGAGGAUUACUUCAACCACCCAUCUCCUCGCCCACUACGCAGCAACACUGGACUCAGCCGCAGCAUGUACACCCCGAAGUCCCCACCAGUCCUUAACACCGACAUCCUGGCUGAAUUCCUCCUCCAUCUACCUCCAUAUGACGCACUCAUCUAUGGGUCCACUUGUUACUUCCUUCGAGACAGGGCGGUCCGCCAAGCAGUCUCCAACGUGCGCUUCGCCUCCGCCCCACACCUCACCAAGUUUUGCUUGUUCAUGCUCGCCGACCUCUCCCGCAUGCCGUACCUCCGACAUCUAACACUCCUCCGUCAAGUCGCGCACGCUCCCACAGAGCAAUUUUUGGCCUCUAUUGCUUCCCUCGCACAUCUCCUCCCGCACGCAACUGCGCUCGCCACGCUCAUCCUUCCGGAUGCAGAUUUGUGGCUCGGUCUCGAGGCCCGCCUCAUUCCCGCACUCGUAUCCCUCCCCUGCCUCAAGUCGCUCGACCUGCAUUCGCUCGGCGAUGACACACAGUCGGCUCUGUCCCGACUUUGCAGCGCCGAAACCCUGCAGCGCCUGGUCGUCGACUCGCAGUGGGUGACGCACCCACCAGAAGGCAGCGUCACCUCCAGCAUGCACCUACCCGUCAUGCCGAACCUACACACGCUCGUGCUGACGAGGUGCCAGAAUCCACCACCUCGGAACAUCCUCCCAACACUGUUCCCCGCGCUGCGCGUGCUGCAGCUCACCGAGGUGUCUUACCCUCCCUCCCAGAGCGAGGUCUCUCCGCGGAGCUGGUGGCUCCCACCAGAUUCACCUCCGGCGAUACCAUCGGAAGAGCCCGAACAAGGGAGUCUCGACGUCCUGUGUGGCGACAUCCCCUCCCUACGCUCACUACAAAUCUCGCGGCCCGUGCGCGCGCUCGAGCUCAAUCUCACCCUCACGCCGGAGCACCCAGCGGACCCGGAACCCCUGGCGGAGGUGUUCGGCGCGGCGUCCCCGCGGCGGCUCGCGCUCCGGAUGACGGCCUCUUGCGAGCUGCCCUUCUGGCGGCUCUACGCGCCCGAGAUGCCGCGUCUGCGCUACCUCGAACUGGUCGUCAUCGACGACGGCGCGAUACCCCCGGAGCACGCAAGCUGGCUGGACGCGCUCUCCACGCCGGGCUGCUCAUCUCUCUUCGCGCUCGCGAUCGAUGUACGAAGCUUCCCCAACGUGCAGACCGGUGUGGGACCACCCGUGGAGACGGCGGGCGCGCGUCCGAACGACCCUGCGCGCGUCCUGGCAUGUCUCCUGCGCGCGCUUCCCGGCGCGCUCCCGAACCUCUGCCUCCUCGCGCUCCGCGUCAGCGCGAGUUCGUGCCCCAUCGACUCGGAACCUGUUGCGCGCGGGGGUGGCCCGUUGGGCGGCACCUUUGCGGGGAGUGCCGACUUCGACCCCGACCUCGACGCCAUCGGCGCGUUCGACUGGUGGGCCGCGGAAGCGCGCCUCCCUCGCGGGUGUGCCCAGGAUGGGGGUCAAGGGAAUGGGAAAGGCGGCGGCGGCGGCGGCGAUACUCACUCCAUUCUCGGCCCUGCGGAAGGGUACCACACGUUCGGGAUAUACCAGAAGCGAUCGGACGCGGCGAGCAACCUCAAGAUCCGCUCGCCCUGGAUUUCGUUCCACGCAUACUUCGAUCACGCAAAAUUCGGCGGCUCUCUGUACUCCGCUCGGGAGCUCACCAGCCUUUCGAGUGCCGCAAACUACUGCGAUCUCGCAGUUCGGCUCGGAUUCAUCCCGCGCAUCGCCUUGCGCGUCGCCGCCUACCUCGAAACGUCCGCGGCCCUCUGGGACGCCGACCCGUACAAGUUCAAGGGGUUCCAGGACUUAUUUGCUCUACGGAAGACGUACCGCGCGAUCCGUACAGAGAAAGACCAGAGCGACCUGAAAUACAGAAUCAAAAUCGUUGGGCGCGAGAACAUGUAUCGUUGCGCCGCCCCCGGAUGCGGCAUCCAGUCUCUUCACAAGCGGGCUUUCCGGAUGUGCACCGGACGGUGUUUCGGGCGAUGGAAGUCGUACUACUGCAGCGCCGAGUGCCAGCACAACGUCAUCUCCGAAGACGACGGGGACCCGGACUGGGUCGACGUGGGGACGUACGACGCCGCUAUAUACAGGGUGAUAGAUUCCCGAUCUGCCCCUACACCCCGCGAGCCUUCACGUGCACGCGCUGACGGUGAACUAUUCGUCGAGUUCACGCACCCGUACCCACGGCAUCCAGAAGGCGAGAUUGUCCGCGUCGUCUCUUCCACCUUGCCUCCUCGUAUUCUACGUCAAUACCGGGAACAGUCUUCGGAGAUUCUCCGCUCGUGCUUUUUGAGUGCCAGGCUGGGGAAGCCGAAGGAGCGGAGUGUGCUCGACGGCACAUUCGCGGUUGAUGACAGGUGGUGGGCAACAUAG